UCUGCUUUCUUGAAUUCUCAUUUUCCAGCAGCUCAAAGUUACAUUCACAAUCAGUUCAUUUUUCAUAUUUCUCUUCCACUUUGUUCUGUAACAGGAGUUACAACAAUGCUCCGAUUUGGAGUUUCCAGUCAUCUAAUGAACUUACGUGAUUGCAUCCUUUGCUGUUUAUGCGAAACUCGAGUUGCAUACAUCGAGGAUUUCGUUCCUAAUGCGGAUGACUUAGUGUAUGGAGGGUACUUUAAUAGAAUGUUUCAUUUUUUUGUACCAUUUAACCGACGAGGUCAGCUAGAACGACUAGAUGGAAAUACCCUACUCAAUAUUUACUGUAUCAAUUGUCGAAUGCGGCUCGGCUGGAACCUUGUUGCGACUACCCAAGAGUCCGACUAUUUUGUAGUAGGAAGAUUCUUUAUGAAAUUGGAGCUGCUUAUAUACCAGAAUGGUCAAACGUUGAGUGAUGCUGUCUUUGGAGUCGCUAUUGAACAAGCUCCUAAUGAUCAAGAUUGGGGCAUUAAUGAACAGGUUCCAAAUGAAAAAGAUUUAGGGGCUAAUGAUCAAAAUGCUGAUCAAGAUGGAGAUGCUAAUGAGAAAAAUGCUGAGCAAGAUGGAGGCGUUAAUGAACAGGUUUCUAAUGAACAGGAUUUAGGCGCUAAUGAUCAAAAUGCAGGUGCUAAUGAAAAAAAAGCUGAUCAAGAUGGAGGCACUAAUGAUCAAAAUGUUGAUCAAGAUGGAGACACUAAUGAACAGGAUCAUAAUCAAAAUGGAGGCGCUAAUGAUGAAAAUGCUAAUCGAGAUGUAGGUGUUAAUGAGGCUGAUGAAGAUGGAGCCGCUAAUGAGAAAAAUGCUGAUCAAGAUGGAGGCACUAAUGAGAAAUAUGCUGAUCAAGAUGGAGACACUAAUGAACAGGAUCAUAAUCAAAAUGGAGGCGCUAAUGAUGAAAAUGUUAAUCGAGAUGUAGGUGUUAAUGAGGCUGAUGAAGAUGGAGCCGCUAAUGAGAAAAAUGCUGAUCAAGAUGGAGGCACUAAUGAGAAAUAUGCUGAUCAAGAUGGAGACACUAAUGAACAGGAUCAUGAUCAAAAUGGAGGCGCUAAUGAGCUAAAUGCUGAUCAAGACAGAGACGCUAAUGAACAGAAUCCCAAUGAACAAGAUUUACGUGCUAAUGAUCAAAAUGCUGAUCAAGAUGGAGAAGCUCAGAAACAGGUCCCUAAUGAACAAGAUUUAGGCACUAAUGAUCAAAAUGGUGAGCAAGAUGGAGGUGCUAAUGAGCAGAAUCAUGAACAAGAUGGAGGCCAGCCAACAAAACGAAAGAAGAUGUAGAUCAACUGGCUGAUGGAAUAGAUAAUAUUGACGAAUAUGCAGACAUUGAUAGCCUACUCAUGCUGAUCAAAAUGCAGAAAGAUUCAAACUUUCUUAUAGAGUUCAUACGUUACAAAAUGCUAAUGUAUAAUUGUGUGAUAUUCCUUUUUCUCUUUUUGAUUUUUAGAUUAUAGUACAUAUUAUUACUUCAGAUUGGAACAAAGCAAUUGACUCUGAAUUUUUUUUACCUGUUUGAGCUCUAAUACUACUGUUCUCUAUAAGCUGCUUAUGUGGGUAAGUGGUGAAGUUAAAUAUAA